AUGGGCGAUAUUUUUUUUAAACUUCAAAUUAUAGUAUGUUUGGCGAGUACAGCAUUAUGUCAUGAGUUCCGAUGUGAUUAUGAAUACGAUGCAGACGUGGAUGGCUGGUUGAAAUUUCACAUGAUACCCGCCACUUGGCACGAUGCUCGAUUGAGAUGUCAUUUAGAAGAUCUUCAUUUUAUUAUAACAGGAGUACCUCUGUCAGAAAUUCCAAUCACUUGGGCUAAUGACGAGCCUGAUAAUUUAUUUAACAACGAGAGUUGUUUGUUUUUGAAUCCUGAUAGAAAUGUUGGUGACAUGGACUGUACAGAGACAAGACCAUACGUCUGUUACAAAAACUAUGACGAUGAAGAAUCGAUUGGCGAAUGUGGAAUAAUGGACGAUGAUUACUUCUUCUCCAAUAAAACUGGUAGCUGCUAUAAGUUUCACACUAUUCCACGUUCCUACUCCCGUGCAGUCAUGGCCUGCGCUGCUGAAGGAGGAUACCUAGCCAUCAUCAAUACCAAGACAGAAGCGAAAAUAAUAGCGUCCAGCUUUUCUCAUAGCCUCCCCUCACAGAUGUCAAAGCUGUGUCCUGAGGAUGAGGCUUAUAUGGGAUUUAGUGAUUGGAAUGAACAUGGAGAGUGGUUGACUUUUCAUGGUGAAUCUCUUCAGAAAGCUGGAUACUCGAAAUGGUACUCUGGGGAUCCUAACUAUCAUAGUAUGAAACACUGUGGAGGAGUAGACAGUGCUGGUCUUCUCAUAAGUUUAAACUGUGAUACUCCUCACUAUUUUAUUUGUGAGAAAGAUCCAGAAAGCCUACUUUGUGAUGAAGAAAAA